CCCAAUGGUUGAAAACGCAAUGGUUGAAAGCCCAGUGGUUGAAAGCUUAAUAGUUGAAAGUUCAACAGUUGAAAACUUAAUUAUUGAAGAAAAUCGAAUGGAUGAAAGUCAAACUGAAGAAAACCGUCCAAUAGAAGAAAAUCAAGCAGAAGAAACAACAAAGGCAUUAAGUAAACUUAAAUCAGACCUUACAGAACUUGAAGCAAGCUUUACAGAUGAUAAUGAAUUUGAUAUGGCCCAAAGUAGUGAUAAUAUUACGCAAGUCAAUUCACCUUCUGCAAUCCUUAGCGAAUUUGAUAAAAUUCUUUUGCGACGAUUACGUAGCAAAGAAUACUUUCCAAUAUUAACCCUUGUGGUGGGAAAAUGUCGCCAUUGUUAUACUGAAAAAAAGUUGCCGAAGAAAUUUUCAUCCGAUAACAAUAUGGAUCCAGGAGAUGUAUCUGAAGAACUCCAAGGACUUACAGAAAUUGAAGAGAUGUUAAUUGCACAAGUAUUCUCUGUGAUGGUAGUUUACAGACUUCACGGAGGACAGCAUGAUACAGAAGAAAUGUCAUUAACUUCCCUCAAAAUAGAUACAACUACAUUUAGAGAUUUUAGAGUUCGUCGAGGCAAAAUUAUUCGUGCAUUGAGUUGGUUAAAAGAAAAUAAUCGAUAUUAUUCUGAAAUUGUUAUAGACAAUAAAAAUCUUAAUUGUUUACCAGAGGACGGUUUUAUUGAUAAUCAAUUUCAAAUUAAUCAAUUGAAAGAUGAUGAUUUCUAUGAGAAGAAUGACGGUGAUGUAAUCACAUGUACCUUUGUGCCUUUUCUUCUCUCAGAUGAUCGAGAGGAUGUAGCUAUAAACAAAUUGAAAUCCUUAAACAUUCCUGUUGCAAAAAUUCUUGCAAUGCAUCAUAGGGGUGGUAAAAAAGCCAAAAAUGCUGAUUCAGACGCAGCAAGUGGUCUUGAAGCAGAAUUGUUACUGGCCAGAGAUGCUCACAUUAUGCUAACAGCAAACCUGUGGACAGAAGUUGGGUUAGUUAAUGGUUUGAUGGGAACUAUUCAAGAUAUUUUAUUUGAAGAAGGCCAAAGUCUACCAUCACUUCCCACAGCAGUUUUUAUCAUAUUUGAUGACUACAGAGGACCUACUAUUAGCACAUUAGAGGGGACAAAAGUCGUCCCAAUCAUACCAAUUCAACGUAUAUGGGAAGGCCUUACAAUAUCAAAAGCUGUAAUAGAUAUCGGCAACAGAGAAUUUGCUGCUAGGCUUUCUUUUGUAGCAGUAUCCUGGGUUCGUGCACUUAAUGAUAUUAUCUUUAAGCCAUUUAAUUUUGAAAGGCUACAACAAAUUGCGAAUUGUAAAAGAGCUCAAGAAAAAAAAACCGAGAAAAUGCGGCUAACCUCCUUAAUACCUAAAAUUUAA